UCCGGCGGACGGAGCCCCGCGGGCACCAUGAGCGGUUCACAGAGCAAUGACACUAAAAGACAAUUUCUUCUAGAACGGCUACUGGAUGCAGUUAAACAGUGUCAAAUACGAUUUGGAGGAAGAAAAGAAAUUGCUUCAGACUCUGAUAGCAGAGUGACCUGUUUGUGUGCUCAGUUUGAAGCUGUUUUCCAGCAUGGCCUGAGGAGGAGCCGGGGAUUGGCACUGACAGCAGCAGCAAUCAAACAGGCAGCAGGUUUCUCCAGCAAAACUGAAACAGAGCCAGUGUUCUGGUAUUAUGUGAAAGAAGUGCUGAACAGACACGAGCUGCAGCGCUUCUACUCUCUGAAGGCCAUCACCACAGACAUUGGCAGGGCCCGGGCCUGGCUGCGCUGUGCUUUGAAUGAGCAUUCCCUGGAAAGAUACGUUCACAUGCUGCUGGCAGAUAAGAAUCGCCUCAGUGUCUUCUAUGAAGACUGGUCCUUUAUGAUGGAUGAAGAACGUUCCAGUAUGAUCCCUACAAUGGCAGCUGGUCUGAACUCCAUUCUUUUUGCUAUCAACAUUGAUAAUAAGGAUUUAAAUGGGCAGAGCAAAUGCACACCCACUGUGUCAGAUUUGUUAAAGGAAUCCACACAAAAUGUAACGUCGUUAUUGAAAGAGUCCACUCAGGGUGUGAGCAGCCUCCUCCGGGAGAUCACUGCCUCGUCUGCAGUCUCCAUUCUCAUAAAGCCUGAGCAGGACUCUGACCCACUGCCUGUUCUGUCCAGGAAUGUCAAUGCUGAUUUGAAAUACAAAAAAGAUCGAAAAAAGAAGAAGAGAGUGACUAAUAUUAUUUCAUUUGAUGAAGAGGAAGACGAGCAAAACUUGGGGGAUGGCACAAAGACUCUGGUUACAGGAGAAAGUUCAGAGGAGAGUGUAGACAGAUCUUCAGUUCUUGCAUUGUCCUCAUCUGAAAGCACUCUUGGAAAAAAUCUGAAUGGGAGUGAAAGUAACCAUUCGUGGAAGAGCAAUUCAGUAUUCAUGAAUGGAGAGUAUGAAUACCAGAAACUGGAUGUGAAGAGCAUUGAUGAUGAAGAUGCAGAUGAGGAUGAGCUAUAUGGAAAAUCAUUAGGAAAUAAAGGCACAGGGGGUGGAACUGAAGCUUCUGAAAAGCCUCACGAAAUAGUCACAUGCAAUUCUCAGAUAUGCAGCUGGAGUCCUCUGCAGGUCCUGAAUGAUGACUCAGAUGUUCUAUUUCCUGUCAGUGCUGUUGGCUCUUACUCCCAAUCAGAUAACUUGGAGAAUGGAGAGGAGCAUGAACAUGCUGUUCAUCCAGUAGAACUGGUUCCAAGGAGAUCUGAUCUUCCUUACAGAGUGGAAGUCAGUCCUGCAGCUCAAGUGAAUACUUUAAGCAAUAUGUUGCCUUCAGCCACUGUGCCAGAAUCCAUGACAAUUAAUGAACUUCGUCAAGCUAUCGUGGCCAUGAUGAAUAGAAAGGAUGAACUGGAGGAGCAGAAUAGAUCCCUGCGAAAUCUGCUCGAUGCAGAGAUGGAGCAUUCUGCAGCACUGAGGCAGGAGAUGGAGAACUGCAGAAGGAAGGUGGCAGAACAGGAAGAGCGACAUUCCACCAAAGUCCAAGCCUUGGCACGAGAAAAUGAGGUGCUAAAAGUACAGCUUAAGAAAUAUGUAGGAGCUGUCCAGAUGCUCAGAAGAGAAGGUCAAACAGUGGAAGUUCUGCCAAACAUUUGGGGCACUGAUGGUGAAUUUACAAUUCCAGAACAAAAGCAAGUAGAAAACAAUGAGGAGCUGGCCAACUCUUAUGAAAGGAAAUUGAUUGAGGUGGCUGAAAUGCACGGGGAGCUGAUUGAAUUCAAUGAGAGGCUGCACCGUGCUCUGAUGGCCAAGGAAGCUCUGGUGUUCCAGAUGAGACAAGAGCUAAUUGAUCUGAGAGGGCCGGUCCCUGGAGAUUUGAGUCAAACAUCUGAAGAUCAGAGUUUAUCAGAUUUUGAAAUAUCAAAUCGUGCUCUUAUUAAUGUUUGGAUUCCCUCUGUUUUUCUGCGUGGAAAAGCUGCCAAUGCAUUCCAUGUUUAUCAGGUUUAUAUCAGGAUAAAGGAUGAUGAGUGGAAUGUCUAUCGAAGGUAUGCAGAGUUCAGAAGUUUGCAUCAGAAAUUACAGAAUAAGUACCAGCAAGUGAGGACUUUCAACUUCCCACCAAAAAAAGCCAUUGGAAACAAGGAUGCAAAGUUUGUAGAAGAGCGACGCAAGCAGCUACAAAAUUACCUAAGGAAUGUAAUGAACAAAAUUAUUCAAACAGUGCCAGAAUUCACAGCCAAUCCCAAAAAAGAGACACUUAUUCAGCUGAUGCCCUUUUUUCUUGAUAUCCCACCCUCUGGAGAAGCAGUGAGCAAAAGCAAUCGCUCGAAAGUGACCACCCGCUUCCCCAAACUGUCCCGUGGCCACCCAAGGGAGCCCCGGAGCCUGGAGCCUCAGAGUGGCGACCUCUGACCCUUCUCCUGAGUUGCCACUACGGGCAGCACACACUUCAAGUUGUUCUGUGGUUCCUUCCUAGCCUAUAUUUAUAAUUUAAGCUCCUGAAGAGACUACAGCUGCAUCAACUUAAAUCCUGAAAAGAGACAUUCAUUACCAAGGGUCAUAUCCUGAUUAACUACUUUGGAAGGCAGUAAUCACUUUCUCAAAAGAAUAUGAGGGCUCUUCACGAGAGCUCAGCAAACUGAUCGGCAUUUCCUUUGUUUUGUAAAGCUGCACUGCACAAAUUCUCCUUUGUUCCUCUGAAGUCCUGUCACAAUGAAUUCCUUGUUUGUAUUAUGUUGUCCCUUUUUCCAUGUACAGUUUUCUGUUCCAGAGAGACAUGGGGUUCACGUUAAGACAAUUUUUUUUUCCUUAGAAGAACCAUUAUGAUUUUACUUAAUAUGUCAGAAGGAUGUGCUUAAAAGAACCUCACUAAUUUAUUACCUUUUGUAAAUAGAAAGACUGGGUUGUUUUGUUUUUCUUAUUGUAAACCUCUGACACACAAAGGUUUUUUAAAAACUUGACAGUGUAGAUGAUGAGAAAAAUUACAGGUGGAAAAAUAGCUUUUGUACAUUUCUAGUUAGAUAUUCUCAAUAGCAUUCAUUUGUGGGAAGUAAUUCUUUAAAAUCGGAGAAUGUAAUAAUUUUUUUAGAGAAAUUUCAGUCUUCUGUAAGGCAGGUGCAAUAUUAUUAAUUUCUACAAACCACCACAUGGAUAUACAAAAUUAGCAUGAUACAAAACAGUGCUUUGAAGUCUUGGAUUAUAUUGAGUUAUUAAUUUGUUGCUUAUGUUACAGAGCAGUCCAUCAUUAACAGAGAGUGGAAUUAACAGAGUGGAAUUCUUAAUCUGAUUUUGUAAAAUCCUUCACAUGGUGAUACUUUAAAAAUUGCCUGUAAUGAAAGUGCCUGUUACCCAUCACCUCUUAUUGAAAUGUAAUUUGUAAUGCUACAACUGUAAGAGUAACUAAAAAAUUGUCAAGAAUUGUUACAAGUGAUGGAAGUCCUGACAUGGAUUAACUGGAAUCCAGUUCAGUAUCCAUUAGCUGCACUGCCGUAGGCAGUUAAUUAUGGUUUAGCUAUCUUCUUCUCUUCAUUAAGUUUAAGCAGUGUAUGUUCAAAUUUCCUAUCAAUUGUGUUCUGGUUUUCCUUUAUGUAAGAACAUCUUUCCUCUCAGAAGUUUCUUUGGAUAACGUUACUUAAAUUGAUGUAUCUUGUAAUUUUAUUCUCCCUUCAUUAUAUUAAAUUUUUACAUCUUAUUCUCCAGGAAAAAACAAGCUGAUGAUGCAUAGCAGACUUUGUACCUCAGUGCUUCACUAAAGUUGCAGCAAACUGGAGCUUGUGUUCUGCAUUGCUGUGAGCAGCGAGUGCUGUUCAGGCAGGUCAGUCAUUUUCGGUGGCACCUCUCAGGUGAGAAGGGCUUUGUUACCCACAGUGAGUAAUCAGCAAACCUGAGCCUGAGCCCCUCGAGCUGGACUCCCACCACUGAAAUAUGGAGCUUUAGAUUGCACUCCACUGCAAAAUGUGGCAGAGAGGAGUAGGAUUCAUCUCCAGGUCAGAAAUUUCAGUAGGUGAAAUACCACCAAGUAAAAUCAUGUCACAGAAAUGGAACAAUGCUUGCCAGUCAGUAAAAGGUCUCAGUUACCACACAGACAAAGAGAAAAGCCCAAAGGCCAGCCUGGGAGCUCGCUGCUGUGUGUUCAUUAACAGAUUAAUUACUGUUGGUGUUUUGUGUUAGUUACAGUGUGACACUUAAGAAGAAAGGAAAGUGAGUAGAUUGGCAGUUAAGUAGCUUCUCCAAACUCUUCAGCCUGAUGCACUGCUAAUGGUUUAAUUUGUCUUUGUUGGAAAGAAAAGUAGCUAUAAUGGUGGUCUCACUUUGAAACAAUUUUAACUCAUUUUUCAGAAAGUGGAGACUUGGUUAGUAGAAAUAUGGCACAUGUACUAACACUGAAUUGCAAGUAAAUUUGAAAGAAAACACUGUGUGGAAACCUUUGUGAUGUAUCUGUUACAUGAAGCUCUAUUCAUUUUCAAGAAAUAAUUCACAGAUUCAAGUACUUAUUCAGCAAGCUGCAAAUGGUAAGAAAUUUCAUUUACUGCAGACUGAAUUUCUUUUUAGUUGUUUAAAAGGAAUUUUUUGUAUCUGCAUUUGGCUCUUAAAAUUAUUUCAUUCCUGAUAAUCUUGCUUCUUGUAAUUUUUUAAAGUACGUAUGUAGAUCUUAUAAAAAUACUAAACUUGUUUACCGUGUACAAAUUGCUCUUUGUUAAUUUUAGCUGAAUUUAGCUGCUAAGAUUACAGUCUGCAAACAAUGUUCACUUGGUGAUACAAGAUACCAUAAUGGGUGCAUUACUAAUCCAUUUAAAAGCUCAGCUGUGGUUUCUCUAAAAUCAGGAAAUAAUCAGAUGAAGGCCUUUCUUCACAAGGUGGCAUUCCCACUUUAUACCCCUGGUUAUGUUGAGGGCUACAGAGGUACCUGCAUGAGUGCCACCAGGGGCCUGCUGACAGGAACGCCCAAAUUUUUACUGCCUCAAGACAUUCGGAAAGGCCCUGUCUAAAAUCCUGUAUCUCUUACAAUCCCACUUCUGUUCAUUCACCAGAACCAGCAAAGCCUCUUGAAGAAGGUUGACCAGUUGCUAUUAAGAAUCCCAAGCAGUUCCAUUGUUCAUCUGAAGUAGCUGUAAGUGUGACAAUGACUCUGCCAGUGAAAAGGUUUUAUCAGCUCUCCUGUUCACCCAAUUCCAUGCAGUUAAAAUUUUGUACAGCUCUAAAUUUCCUUUGGCUGAUUCACAGCUCUUAAACCCCCAAUCCAUGCUCAGAGAGCAGCUCACAAUGAGUUCGUUACUAAUGAAUUAUUAAUUAAUUCGUUAGUGCCCGUUCUGCACCAGUGGCUAGUGCUGUAAUCCCAGGACAGAGGCCUUGGGACAGGCUGGGCCCUGGAGCUGUUCCUGGCUGGUAGAACCAGCCUAGAGCAAUUUGUGGUCUUGUUUGCAUUUCAUUCCUGCUUUGUCUUUAGAUCCAGGGCUUCUCCUCUGCGUCCUUUCGUGACUGUUCAAAAUAAACUGUAAAAAAGUGGCACAGCUUCUACUGCAGUGCUGUUGUCCAGUCACCUCCACCAUGAGCCCUUCCCUAAGAAACAGAGAGAGCAGGCAGAGCUCUUGCAGCUCUUGCAGAUGUCUCGAUCAGUAUUCACAGAUUGUGGUUUUUCAGAAUCUCAUUUAUUUAGAUUCUCUCAUUCAUUAUAGAGAAUGCAAUGUGUCGACUUGGCUUUUGCAAAUUAAAUCUAAGUUCUCAAUAAUAAUAAUAAUAAUAAAUCUCUAAGGUUUAUAUGAACCAGGAUAUUGACAUAGCUAUAAAGGCUUAAAUUGAUGUCUCCAUUAAGUCACAUAUUCUUAGGAAGAUAAUAAUUUCAAAGCCAGUCUUUUUAAUGGAAUAUAUUGUUGAUGUGAUAGUUGUAAUCAAAUUAUACUACCUUACAGAAUCUACUGCAAGUCAUAAGCCAUUUUGAUUGAAUUAAUACAAGCAUUUAGAGAAAGAACAGAAUGGUAUUAAAGAUUACUGGCUC